AUGGCCUCUCACGGCACGAACCGUCCCACUCCUAUCCGGAAGGACCGCCCCGAGGAUAGCGAAGAAAUGAGAUCUCAGGGUAACAUGUCCGAUCGUCUUACUGUUGAGGUCGACUGCUCUUCCCUGGGUUCCAACGAGUGUCCUUCUAUGAGCUCCAGCUUCUCGCCUCUGGACUCUCCCACCCCCACUCCCACAAGCAUUUACAGCCAGGGCUCCUUGGCCUCCCCUGGUUGGCACGAAGGAGGUGCUUACUCGACUCACGGAUACGAGCGUACCUCUGGGUCCACUCCAAUGCGUGCCCCAUUCCGCCUGGCAAGCAUGCCCUCGAAUGAAAGCAUGGGCUUGUCUUACGGCCAGAUGGAGUCUCAAGAGAGAAUGCCCAUGACUGAUUUCCUGCCGGGGUAUGAUGAGAACGUCGAGCAGUUCUGGAUCCCCCCGGAGGCCCCCAAGGGAUAUGACCAUGGCAACCCGUCUCUGCCAUAUCCUCCGGCCAUGCAUCAUUACGCGACCAUGCCCCGCGGGGGUUACCGCCACCAUCCCGCGCCUUAUCUGCCGGAAUCGGGAACCAACCCGUGUCUGUCGCGGUCCAUCUUUCACCAGCCGGAGCGGGUGCCCAGCUCAAUGCCCAUGGGCCAUAUGAUGCCCUGGAUCGCACCACCUGCCGACUCCAUUGCUCCCCAGACGAUUGCGCCGUCGCAGGUCGGCCCGGUCACCCCUCCGCCCUCGUAUACCGACUUCCCCAACUCGAUGAACACCUUCAAGACGCAUACUCCGACGACACCGGUUCGGUCAUGCUCCCUCGGCACGGCCUCUGGAACCGACACCCCGAUGAGCCGCCUGUCCGGUGGCGCCGGCGACUACAUGGAUGACUACCAGCAGUCGCCAGUGUACCGGGACGCCAUGCACCGUCCCCACCGCCAGCCAUCGCGAAAGAUGAUUCGCAAGCAAUCCUCGCGCCAGAACCUGUCCCUGGAGAAUCUGCCGUCCAUCAUCAAGCAGGUUCAGUUCAAGUGCAAGGAGCCUGGCUGCAAGGGGCGGUUCAAGCGUCAAGAACACCUGAAGCGCCACAUGAAAAGCCACUCGAAAGAGAAGCCUCACGUCUGCUGGGUGCCGGGCUGCCAUCGCGCCUUUUCCCGCAGUGACAACCUCAAUGCCCACUACACCAAGACCCACAGCAAGCGGGGUGGUCGCAAUCGCUACGUCGCGACCCUGGAUGAGACUAGUCCUGAUUAUGACCCCGAUUUCCGCGGUCAGCUCACGCCCGAUGGCCGGCCGAUCUACGGCUCCAAGCUGGAAGAUCCCAUGCCGGAGGCGCGCGAACUGAGCGUCGAUGCUUGGGAUGAGUAA